CUUAAUUUCUUCCAUCUCUUCUUCUUCGAAAAUUCUUAUUUCAGAUUCUGUAUCGAGCAAUGGCGGAUGGAAAAGACGCAGAAUCGCAGACGAAGCUGCUUAACCAGCACGAGGAGAAGCACUUCUUGGCAGGAGAGAUCGUGAGAGACAUCAUCAUGGGCGUUUCCGACGGUCUCACUGUUCCCUUCGCUCUCGCUGCCGGUCUCUCCGGUGCCAACGCUUCUUCGUCCGUCAUCCUAACCGCCGGUCUCGCUGAGAUUGCCGCCGGCGCCAUCUCCAUGGGACUUGGAGGGUAUCUAGCCGCCAAAAGCGAGGCCGAUCAUUACGUGAGGGAACAGAAGAGAGAGCAAGAGGAGAUCAUCAGAGUCCCUGAUACAGAGGCGGCGGAGGUGGCGGAGAUACUUUCGCAGUAUGGACUGGAGCCUCAUGAGUAUGGGCCAGUCGUGAACGCACUUCGGAAGAAGCCUCAGGCAUGGCUUGAGUUCAUGAUGAAGUUUGAGCUCGGAUUGGAGAAGCCAGACCCAAAGAGAGCCUUACAGAGUGCAGUGACGAUUGCCAUUGCCUACAUCGUAGGAGGAAUUGCACCUCUUCUGCCUUACAUGUUCAUACCCAUAGCCAAGAAAGCUACAUUGGCAUCGGUCGGCCUAACCUUAGUUGCAUUGUUAAUCUUUGGUUACGCCAAGGCCCACUUCACAGGUAACAAGCCCUUUCAAAGUGCCAUCCAAACGGCAUUAAUCGGUGCCAUUGCUUCUGCUGCUGCUUUUGGAAUGGCUAAGGUGGUAGCCUGAUCAAUGUGGAGGAAUAUUGGACAUGGGUUCUCUCUUAGGAGUGAGUUAGUUUUAUUUUCUCUCUUGUAUGAUAUGCUUCCCAUAAUCGCAAUAGUUUGAGAUACUGCACGAAAUAAGUAAGUUGCUUUGUUUAAUUGA